AUGCUGUGGGACGUCUCUUGGGACCAGAAUAACAUUAUUGAUGGGAGCAGAUAUUCUGACCAUGUGUUCGCUCUUUUGAAAGACACCUUAAUAGAAGUUAUCCCUUCUGUUGUUUAUGAAUUAACAGCUGCUACUUCAAGCACUGGACGGCAACUAUUAGCUGGGUACUGGGGUCAGAAUAUCGCCGCGGUACGCCCGGGUAAUGAUAACGAGAAGCCACUGAAAGAAGUGUGUCAGACCAGCAAGUAUGAUAUCUUGAAUAUUGCAUUCCUCAGCGCGUUCUUCGACUCCGGAAAUCAAGAUUCUUUGCCUGCCUUAAACUUUGCGGAUCACUGUACUCGGAGUAUCUCCAAAACAAACCCUUCUCUUCUCCGUUGCCCCGAAAUUGAAGAAGGAAUAAGAGAAUGUCAACGACUUGGAAAGAAAGUGCUGAUUUCUAUCGCAGGAGUAGGUGCAGCUGGAACUCUUUUCUCUGUGGUUAAUGCAAGGCAGUUUGCCCAGAACUUAUACGACUUGUUUCUUGGCGGUGAUCGAAGAACAAAGGAGCUCAGCCUCAGACCGUUUGGAUCGGCAGUAAUGGACGGUGUGGAUCUCAGUAUCGAAGGGGGAGGGCCUGAAUUCUAUCCUGAUUUCAUACGGGAACUACGCAGGCUCAUGGAUUCCGAGACAGGCGUAGCUAAGAGAAGCUAUCUGAUAACAGCCGCACCUCAAUGUCCGUAUCCUGACCAUAUUUUGGGACCAGAACGAAAAGGAACUGCCUUGAAGGAGGCAAGCGAGUAUGUUGACUACCUCUUCGUUAAAUUCUACGACGAUUAUUGUCACACUGGUAAUCAAACGUCAUUCCUUACAACAUUGGACAAAUGGCUGUAUUUUGCGCAAUCAAAUAAUGGGCCUCUGGUCUUUGUUGGGUUGCCAGCUCAUGCUUCAGCCUCUAUUGACGCCAUUCAAUAUAGGUCACCCAAAGAAUUACAAGUCAUUUAUGAGGUUUGUUAGCUUCAUGUCAUCUUUUAUUUAUGUUUAUUGAGGAUCUUCACUGGCUAAGGAAAGUAUUAUCGUGUUUUGAUCCGGGGGUGGGGG